AUGGACGGUAACGGCAGGACGUUGUCAUUAUGGUGGCUAUGGACGCUGUUCAUGAUGGCCACCACCUCCCUGGCCGUCUCUCUCAAGUCUGCCCAGGAGAUCGACUUGACCGGUUUGCCCUUCGCUUGCCGCCUGGCCUACAUUGCCAAUAUCGAAGGUUGCACUACUUCCGACUUCGCGAACGAAAAUACGUGUUCGCAGACAUGCGUUCGGGCCUUGCUUCGCGUCCAGGCCACCAUCCAGUCGGUCUGCAACACUGUCGACGUCCCCGAGGCAACCGUGCUGGGCCAAGUAUUGAAGGGGAAUAUCUUGGGCGUCUUGUGCACACCCAGAGGUGCGCUUCCCACGAAGCCGAAAGAAACCCCUCCGUCCGUCAACGACGACCACUAUAGCCCCAGUGAUUUCGGAAACGCUGAGUACAGUGACGCGGACUACCGCAUCAACCACUACGACUAUAUCGUCGUCGUCGACGACGACGACGACGACGACGACGAUUACGACCUCAGAAACUCCGAGUUCUGUCGAGACCUCCGGCUCCACGAUGUCGACGAGCGAGUCUGA